AGCUUUUAUCACCGAACAAAACAGAGUGGCACAUCUAUAGUAAUGCUUAGUGACAGAGUAGAUACACGCUGAAGGUGGACAAGCAGAGCAUAAGGCUAGAGCCACAAAUUCAAAAUUCUGAACUGAAAAUCAGCAACAAAUUCCUGCCAUGAGUUCAAAGAAACUCCCAGAUGGACCAAAAGCCCCAGUGGCUAUCAAGAAAAGGUCCAGACUUCCUGGGGUCACGAUUACUCAGUUUGUUGAGAUACUUCCUGCAGGAAAGUCAACACCUGACUUCAGCCGUAAACCAAUGGCCACAAAUGUUCAAGAGGGGAAAAAAGGGUUCUUGAAAGCUAUGGUGAGUGGGGAGCCUGUACCAACUGUCACAUGGGGCCGCAAUAAGGGUGAAGUGGAUGAUCCGGUAAAGUACAAGAUCAAAUUUGAUAAAAGGAUGCAAGAAUACAUUCUUGAGAUAAACAACGUAAAAGCGGACGAUGCUGACACCUACAAAUGCGUUGCAACUAACACGUACGGGGAAGCUGUCUGCACAGCAAAUGUAAAUGUUAUUGACGCCCAAAAAAAGAAACCCCAAACAGAUGAACCAACUCAGAAUUUCAGAUCAAUGCUUAAAAAAGUUGACGUUGCCCCCAAAAAGAAGAAACCACAGAAGAAACCAGACGAAGAGGAAGAAAUUGAUCCAAAACUCUUGCAGAGGCUUCUCAAAGCGCCAAAGAGAGAUUAUGAAAAAAUCUGCUCGGAAUUUGGUGUCACUGACUUCCGUUGGAUGUUGAAGAGACUAAAACAAAUGAAAAAGGAGAUGGCAGAUGAGCAGGCUGGGGGGAAGCAGGACAGCGGGAAACAAACUGGGGCGAAACUCAGAGGAGGAUCUGCAUUAAGCUCUGACAUGAAAAAACGGGAUCCCAGCAGUGGCAUCAAGGGCGGGAUAGGUGACGAUGAUGAAGAUGAUGACGAUGAUGAUGAUGAUGAUGAUGAUGACGAUGAUGAGAGUGGAGAAGACAACGCUGAUCAAAGUGGCCAAAAGGACACCAAAACCAGCGACAAUGAUGACAAGUCUAAACUAGACAUGGUAGACCAUGCAGGGACUGGAAAGGAUGGAGCAGAUGCAGCAGCUACAGAUGGACAGGGGGAUAAAGGAGAUGGUUCUGGUGACGCAAAUAACCGAGACCAGGGUGACGGAGAUGACAAGAAUAAAAACCUCCAGGGGGAUGGAGAUGAUAAAAGUACAACAGAUGAUGCAGGUGAAAAGAAAACAAAGCGAACUGGUCCUUUGGUUCCUGACACCGUUACAGAUCAAGGUGUUCAGUUUGUCAGUGGGCUGUCAGAUGUAGCUGCCAAUGUUGGUGAACGAGCAGAGCUGUCCUGCAGACUCAGUAGUGACACCUCAGAGGGACGCUGGUAUAAAAAUGGAGAGCUGUUAACAGAUAAGGACGGAGUACAGAUUAUUAAAGAUGGAGCCUGUCAUAAAUUGAUAAUGGACUGCUGUGGCAAAGAGGAUGCAGCUGUGUACCGUUUUGAAGCUGAAGGGCGCAAAUCAGAGGCAUCUCUUAAUGUUCAAGAUCCUCCGAAACUCAACUUGGAAGCGUUUGAGAAAUUCACAAAGCCACUCAUUAUAAAGGCCGGUGAAAAUGCUGAAUGGAAGCUGGAAUUCUCAGGCGGAGAGCCAAUGAACAUACAGUGGUUCAAGGACGACGACAAACUCCUGCCUUCCAACAACGUGAAGCUUGAGACAUCAGACACAAAGAGCCAACUACGUCUCACAAAGUGUCAAAGGAAAGACAGCGGAGAGGUCAAAAUCAAAAUCAAAAACGAAUAUGGUACAAUAGAGGCAGUUUCAAAACUUAUUGUACUGGAUAAACCAACACCCCCGCAAGGGCCUGUGGACAUAAUAGAAAGUGCUGCAACGUCUGUUGAAUUCAAAUGGAAACCCCCAAAAGACAGCGGCGGCUGCCCGAUCACAAGCUACAUCAUUGAACGGCAACAGGUGGGACGAAAUAAAUGGAUAAAUCUGGGAGAGAUCCCCAAUAACCCUUGUUACAAAGAUACAGAUGUGGACCCAGGAAGGCGAUACUGCUACCGAAUCAGAGCCAAGAACGCAGAGGGCAUCAGUGACUUCCUCAAGACUGAGGACAUACAAGCUGGUGUUUUACGUUAUCCUGGAUCACCGGCGACACCCAAAGUGGCCAGUGCCUUUAAAGACUGCAUUAACCUCACAUGGUGUCCUCCGUGUGACACAGGAGGAUCCAAAAUAAUAGGAUAUAACCUGGAAAAGAACAAAGCAGGCACAAAUUACUGGAGCCUUGUAAACCAAGAUGGUCCUAUUACAGAUACAAAGUAUGCAGUGAAAGAUGUCUUUGAAGGUGCUGCAUACCAGUUUAGAGUGACUGCUAUCAAUCUCUCUGGUCCUGGACUUCCCAGUAUCCCGUGCGAAACAGUUAUUGCAAGAGAUCCAAUGAAGCCUCCAGGCAAAGUGAGAGACCUUAAAUUAACAGACUCCAGUUACACAACAUUUUCAUUGGCUUGGACUAAACCUAAGGAAGUGAAAGGAGUAGAAGAUGAAGCCCAGGGGUACUAUGUGGAGGUCCGACCAAUAAAAAGCCUCGAAUGGACCCGCCGUAAUACCGUCCCAAUUACUCUCACUUCCUACACUGUCCUUGGCCUCAAGGCAAUGGAAGCAUACUGGGUGAGAGUAAUAGCCACAAAUUAUGGAGGUGAUGGAGAAGCUCAGGGCUUUGACAAUUCCAUCAUCGCCAUGCCGCCUCCAGUAAGGCCAAAGUUUACAGGCCGCAACAUGAAGAGCUUCAUGGUCGUGAAAUCUGGAAACACUGUUCGUAUCAGCAUCGCCUUCGAGGCAUCCCCACUGCCAGAUAUUUCCUGGUUCAAGGACGGUAUCCUGGUGUCCAAACAUGUAACGAUUACCAACUCUGAAAAGGGCUCUCAACUGUUAAUUCCCACAUCUGAGAGAUCAGACAGCGGCAUGUACACCAUCACCGUGAAGAACAUGGUUGGGCAGGAAAGCUUUAAUGUUGAAGUCAGAGUCACAGACGACCCGAAGCCUCCAGGUCCUGUGGAGCUGGAUGAGAACACCCCAGGAACAGUGACUCUAAGCUGGACUCCUUCCCCAGAUGAAAAGAGAGAUGACAGGUUACACUACAUGGUAUCCAAACGCGAUUCCCUCAAGCUUACUUGGAAGACGGUGGCUGACAAUAUUUUUAACAAUAAGCGCACAAUUGUCGACAUAAUUCCUGGACGGGAGUAUUACUUCAGGGUGUUUGCCAAAAAUGACAUGGGCCUUUCGGCCCCAUCUGUGUCCCCUGUGUUUGAAAUCAAAAAGGAAAAAGAAAAAUUCCAAGUAGAUAUGCCAGAGGUUAAAUCUGUGGACCUUGAGUCGCCUCCAUCAUUUAUUCUCCCCCUUAAGAGGCGCACUGCUCCUCAAGGGUACGAAUGCUUCAUGAGCUGUGCAACGAAGGGCAAUCCUGCACCACGUGUCACGUGGUACCGCAACAAUAUCAGCCUCAACACAAACACCAACUACCACAUCAGGAAUGUAUGUGGGGUCUGCUCCUUGGCGAUACUCCGAGUGGGAGCCAAUGACAACGGAGACUACAACGUCGUCAUAGAGAACAAACUGGGGACAGCAGAGUCGUCCAUGAUGCUGAAUGUCAGAGAGUGAAGAGGACCUUUAGCAGCUGGAAUGAACCAAAAAAUUAACCAAAUAUUUAGACCAUACAAAAUGAAAACAAAAGGUGCCCCCGUUUAUUGAUGUCCUUAAAAGUCAUUAAACUUAUUAUUUCAUGCUAACUUUUCUGAAAACUAUAAAAUAUUAAUACGGAGGAGAAUGAAAUGCAUUUUUAUGCGGAAAUUGUACAAAAACAUAAAUAAAAAGAAAUUAUAAAUAUAUUAUAAAGAGGUAUAUUAUAAUUCUCAGCCAAAGUUGAUUGUUAAAUGAAUAAAAAAAAUAAUAAUUAGUUUAAUAUAAGAUGAGUUAAUAGAGCAGGAACUUCGAAAAAUAGAAUACAAAAUAAAGUAUAUAUUUAGUUUCAAGACACAGUUUGUUGUCUGAAAAAUGUUGCGGAGAACCCUGAAUCCCCCAGGCCUCUGGUUGAGGACCCGAGCUUGAACAGCACAGCCACCCACAGAUCAAUGGCCUAUGGUGCAAAGGGUUUUUUGUUCUUUGUUUUUUUUUCUCAAUGCGGUUACUAUCAUCAAUAUGCUUCCAUGACACCCUGGUGGCACAGUAAUUACGGGCUCAAGAUGAUAGGACGUGAUACUUUAGUAGAAGACGGGAAGCAGCCACACUUUGCAGAAUCCCUGUACAAAGACAACAUGCAGCUCUUCCAGUCCACCUGCUUCCUCUGCCUCUGUUCGUGCCAGGCUCACAGGCUCACCGGCUCAAGGCCAAGAAGCUGCAAGAAGACGCUUUCAUCUGGUUGAACACACAUAUUCCAAAGUCUGGCACAAUUAAAAGCUUCUUUUGUUUAACAGCUAUUUUAGCUUCUUCUUUUUUUUCACCUUCACUUUCAGGGGCUUUACUGCAAAACAGCCUUGAGCAGAUUUUCUAAGUACUUUUACAGCUAUACAAAUGACAGUCACAGACCUCCAGAAGGUGAUGUAGACG